CCGAAGGCAACUCCGGGGUAGAAUCAGAGUAUAAGUCAAUAGAUAGACCAGUCAUGAUGAUUGGCCUCUGUUUGAUUGAGCUCGAAGCUGACCUGUCCUUGCUUUUCAUCACAAAGAGAUAAAUAUGGGAUUGACACCGGUCCACUUCUUCUCCCAUGGCUCUACCAUGAUGCUGGGAGAGGAGAGCUCCUCAGCCGAUUACUGGCGGAAGUGUGGCGAUGAAGCACUGGCACAAGGGAUCAAGGGCGUUGUGAUCAUGGGAGCGCACUGGGACUGCUUCAACGACCAAAUUCAAGUAGCCACGAAUCCCCACCCGGGCAAAAGCCCUGUCGCCUACGUUGACCCUGCCAAAUACGUCGACUACCAUCUCAACCCCGACCUGGCGACCUCACAACGCUGCAUCGACUUCCUGGCCCGCGAGGGCUUCAACGUCAGCGGCAACGACUCCUUCGACUGGAUUCACGAUGUCUACCUCAUUCUGAUCCGGAUGUUUCCCAACGCCUGCCCACCCACCACCGUUGUCUCGCUGAACGCUCGCUACGACCCGCACUACCACAUGAAGGUGGGCGCCGUGUUGCGCCCCCUCCGCCGCGAGAACUACCUGCUCAUCGGCACGGGCGGCGCUGUGCACAACCUGUACCGCAACCGCUGGGCCCCAAUGCUGCGCUUCCGCGACAACUUCGCCAUGGAGACGCCGCCCGAGCCUUGGGCGCUGGAGUUCCGGCAGGCGGUCGAGGAUGUCCUCAUGAAGACCUCGGGGCCGCAGCUGCGCCGGGCGAUGACGCGGUUGAUGAAGCACCCGGAGUACCGCGAUGCGCAUGCCACCGACGAUCACUUCAUGGCCGCAAUGUUUGUGGCCGGCGCAAUGGGCGACUGGGAGGAUGAGGGGAGUCCCGCAGUGCUGGGCGCGGAGACCUGGGAGUUGACCAAUAUGUGUAAUUCGCAGUUUACGUUGGGUAGAUGGCCGAUCAAGGUUUAGGGGUGUUUUCGGGAACAUUUUCCAUUUAUUAAUCAGUUGAUU